AUGGCCAUAAACAACCCAAACUACAUAAAAUAUGUCCAGGCUUUGGAAUUUUUUUUUUGUGAGAAGCCAACAGUGGUUGAACCAACAGUGGUUGAACCAACAGUGGUUGGUGGUGUUCCACUUGUUAUAACUACUCUGGCUGGAGAGAGCAUUAUAAUUGUUUAUGACCCAAACCAAACAAUUUUUGAUUUGAAAUCUCUUGUCGAAAAAAAAUUCAAGAUUCCUUUGAAGAAGCAAUGUCUGUUAUACAAUAAUGUGGAGUUGAAGAUAAGUGAUAAGAAUGACAAAGAUUUAAAGUUAAGAGAUUAUGAUGUCAAGCCCAAUAGUGAAAUAUACCUGGUGAUAUUAUUGUAUGCAAUUCCUGAGAAACUUGAUAAAGUCAUCUUUGAUCUUUUCUGGGGAUAUCCACAUAGAAAUUGGUUUUUCGAAUUGCUAAAUUUGGAUUGGUUUAGAACUCAGGACUAUCUUGAUGCUUCUGUAUUCCUCUACAGCGACUCUGAAUUUAAAGAAGUGGUCAACUACUGCAAUAAGACAAGCAAAUGCAGCUCAGCAGUCACACAUUCAGGGGAUGACAUGGAUGAUAAAAAGAAGCUUGGUCAUCACACCAUAGCUGUGUCCAUAAAAUCAAUUCCACCCGAAGUUAACCGACUGGUGUUUACCUUGAGUGCUAGGAAUUCCCCAGAUGUUUCAAAAUAUCUAAAACCAUGCCUGGAAUUUUACAAUGCAGGGGAUCCAGGCAACAAACUGUGUGAUGAUACGAUGGAGGAUGCUGUUAAAUCAGAAGCCAUCAUCAUGUGUUGUUUGACAAACCGUGGCGAUAAAUGGCGUGUAGUCAGUUUAAAAGAGCAGUCUCCUGGAAACGCUAAGGAUUAUGGUCCUUUAAAGAACACCAUUAGACAACUUAUAGAAUCGGGGAAAAUGCUGUAGUAAAUAACAUUUAAACCUAAAUGAGAACUUUACCCUCAUCAGUGCUGAACCACAAUUAAUUAAGGCGUAUAUCAAUGGUAUAAGGCCGAGUAUAUAUCAAUUCAUAUAGUUUUAUGUUUACUUCAUGCACAUAUCCCGUUAUUAUAGUUUACUACAAUGUACUAGAAAUACAUGCAUGCAGCAACCCCUCCCCAUUUCAAACGAAGCAAAAUAUUUCCUGAGCUAGCCAGA